GGGCCCCGGGCUCAGAGCCGCGCGGCCCGCCUGGACGCGCCGGGGGUCCCCGAGGCGGGGCCGGCGCCGCCCGGCCCGGGCGCGACGAUGGAGGAGCCGCAGCGCGCCCGCUCGCACACGGUCACCACCACCGCCAGCUCCUUCGCCGAGAACUUCUCCACCACCAGCAGCAGCUUCUCCUACGACCGCGAGUUCCUCCGCACCCUGCCCGGGCUGCUCAUCGUGGCGGAGAUCGUUCUGGGACUGCUGGUGUGGACGCUCAUCGCUGGAACGGAGUACUUCCGGGUCCCUGCCUUUGGCUGGGUCAUGUUCGUAGCUGUGUUUUACUGGGUCCUCACCGUCUUCUUCCUCAUCAUCUACCUAACGAUGACCUACACCAGGAUCCCCCAGGUGCCCUGGACCACGGUGGGUCUGUGGUUUAACGGCAGUGCCUUCGCCUUAUACCUCUCAGCUGCUAUUGUGGACGCAUCUUCCGUCUCCCCGGAGAGAGACAGUCACAACUUCAACAGCUGGGCAGCUUCGUCGUUCUUCGCCUUCCUGGUCACCAUCUGCUACGCUGGAAACACAUAUUUCAGUUUUAUAGCUUGGAGAUCCAGGACCAUACAGUGAUUCACCAUUUUGAAAAUUAAAAGGGGGUGGGGGGGAAGGAAGACUCACUGUAAAACAACCAAACAAAAAACAAACCUGUAGGUAUAAUGUAUAUUUCCAGAGAUUUGUAUUUAACUAAUGUUUUUAUAUACUUAGUUAAAUUUGCUCACACUGGUUUGUUACAAUUAAACUGGAUACUUAUUUGCUGUAGCUUCUAA